AUGUCUUCAUCAGCCUCAAGUCCACUCACCCUUCAGAUCCGCCCUGCAACGGAAGCAGACAUCCCUCAAAUCAUAGAAAUACAAUUCUCCGCCUUCGAAGGCGACCCCUACCAAGAGGCCCUCUUCCCAAGUGAUGACUACUACAGCCCCGAAACUCGCCAGGCCGCUGUCGACCGAACUCUCAAAUACUGGAACACGGACCCUACUGCCCGCUGGAUGGUCUGUUGUAGUAGUAGCAAUACUUGUGAAAGUAGCAGUGAUAGUAGUAGUAAGAGUAGCAGCAGCAGCAGCAGUAGUAAAACACACCCCGCCUCCACCUCAUCCUCCUCCCUAUCCCCAUCAAACACCCAUAUAAACAGCAACAUCAUCAUCAAAAAUCCCCAAAACACCCCCUCCACCACCACCACACAAUUCCCCCAAGACCGCCCAAUCCUCGGCUUCGCCCUCUGGAACAUCUACGCUCACCCCCGGCCCCGCUCCGAAUGGGCCCAACUCCCGACAGUAGACUGGUGCAGCGGCCGACAAGCCGAAAUCGCUCAAAAUUUCCUCUCCAUGAACGCGCUUCUGCGACAAAGAAUCUGGCAAGGCAGACCAUAUAUCCUCUUGAACUUGUUAUGUGUGCAUCAACGGUUUCAACGGAGAGGAGUGGGCAUGGAAUUGGUGCGAUGGGGCAUCAUGGAAAUGGAGAAGUUGGGGUUGGCGAUGUAUUUGGAAGCAAGUCAGGCGGGGUUGGGGUUGUAUCGGAAGCUGGGGUUUCGAGAGGUGGAUGUGGGGGUGGUGAGGGCGGAGGAGUGGGAUGGAGAUCAUGAAAGGAGAUAUAUUGCUAUGGUGAAGGAUUCUGCGAUCACAGGGAAGGAAGAAGAAGGAGAAAAAGAAGAAGAGGAACAGGAAGGAGAAGCAGAAGUGAAAGUAGGUGAGAGGGCUUGA